AUGCAGGUCGAUACAGGGACACCGGUGUCGGUCAUCACCUAUAAGCAAAACAAAACAGUGUGGCUCAAGCUGCGUGGUUCGCCAUUGAAACUGACUUGCUUCCUGGGAAGGCGUUUUGUUCGUGGACAACUCAACCUCAAGGUUUCGUGCGGAAACCGGUCGACGGACGGAUCCCUGACAGUCCUCGGUUGCUACGGCCCCAGCCUGUGCGGACGCGACCUGAUCCAGGCGUUCAACAUGCUUCAGGCGCCAAGACAAGCGGAGGAAUCCAUCUAUGACUGGCUCAGGGAAAACCCCGUAUCGCCACUAACGAAUAUUGUGCGAACUCCCAAGUGGCUUGCGGACCCCACCUUUCGGUUUAUCCGACUGGACGACAAGCACCUGCAGAGGGCCAUUCAAGUUUUUAACGACGACAUGUGCAGUUACACUACCCUCGACUUUAUCGAGCUGUACCAACACACACAACCCCUGUUUGACGCUCCACACGGCGACUUGGAUGCUCACUAUAUGACUGUGCAAGACUCGUUUGAUGCUGUCUUGGAACUGCUAAACUUUCAGCUUGACGACAACCAGCUCGAACUGUCUGACUUUGUAAACAACCUCUAUAUGCUUGUCGAGAAGCUGGUGCCCAAGAAGAAUUGUAUGGAAGUGGUGUCUCCCCCGAGUGCUGGCAAGAACUUUUUUUUUGACGCUGUGCUUUCUUUUUAUAUAAACAGGGGCACUAUACGCAACUUUAACCGCUUUUCAAACUUUCCGCUCCAAGACACUGUAGGCCGCCGCAUACUGGUGUGGAACGAGCCAAACUGUGAGUCUUCUGCAUUCGACACGGUCAAGAAAAUCUUUGGCGGCGACGUGGACUCUGUGGCAGUCAAGUACUCGCCCGACCAGACCAUCUCGAGAACGCCUGUCAUUGUCCUCUCUAACAAUGAAGUCUUUCCUGCUGACAAUGCCUUUAACCACCGCAUGUUUCGCUACAAGUGGAAGGCCUGUCCAUUGCUCAAGCGUCAUGCAAGGAAGGUGCACCCCAUGUCCCUGGUGCUUUUGUAUGACAAGUUUGUACUCGAUGCUGACUAUAUGAUUGCCCGUCAAGAAAUAAACCUUUCAUCCUGA